GUAGCCACACGAAGGCUUAUCGGAGAAAAUAUGCUGAAGCGUCUGCAACAUCACUAUAACAACGAAACAGACAUAAUAUUUGAAGAUACGAUCGCAAAAGGUCAUGGAUUUCUCUACCUACCUCUUCACCGGGCUGGAACGGAAUUCGUUGUCGGACACACUGGUCAUGGAUGUCAACAGGUGGUUUACGAUCUCAAGAAUAGAGUUUCGAUUGCCUACGUGAGCAAUGGUCUAAAAACAGGUCUCUACAAUUUAUGCAGGACGUACAGUCGUCUACAAAACGCUGUAUACGAUGUUGUCGAGUCGCGUUUGAGCGAACCAAAAACCUUCAGUAGUUAG